AUGUUCAGAUUUGUCCUCUUCAAGGAUGGAACUGACCAGGAGAUCCUGCGCAAGACGCUUCUGGUAACAAGGAUCAUGCUGAUGGCGCUCUGGAUGUUGGUUUUCGCCUGGUUUCUCAGAAUAUCAAAGGCAACAACAUCUGGUUGCGGCAAAGGACUUUACUCGGAGCCCGCAAUCAAAGCUCGCGGAGACGGCAUCAGCCUUCAGGAAUUUGAUCAGCAUCUAGGCGAGGUCGCCAAAGCGUACGAUCAAAUGCGGAUCGAGGAUCCUUGGUUCGUGCCGAACGUUUUCUCCUCAAGCGCUCGCUGGGCCCCACCUGUUCAAGACACGCCGGGAUUCCUGUUGAGCUGCGACUAUGAAGAACGCCAAGCUUUCAUAAGCGUCAACGUUAGCUUGCCCGACGUCCGUCCUCAAGCUUUCGUUGGGAGCAUGAAGGACUUUGCGCGUCGCAGCCUUGGAGAGGACCUCGUUGCCGAUGUUCCUGAUGACCAGCUUGGCAUGGAGACGGCGUGA